AUGGGACUCGUAAACUGCAGAAAGAACCUAAGAGAAAAAAAUGUCCGAACGUAUCUUGUUUCCUCGCUACCAGGUCUACCCCGUUCCUGCCUCCUUCGAGACCCUCACGAUUCCCAUUUAGCGGGCGGGUUGUGGGUUGCCAAACUCUCCAACGCUCCUCCCCUGUCAAGUCUAUCUGUCCGGGCAGGGAAAGAGCCAAGAGCUAUGGAAGUCUCUUGCCGCGAAGUAUACCUGAGGACUCAGGAGAGGGAACAUGGACGUUUUGUCAAGCCAAGCGCCAUGGAAGAUCUACGGCAGAAACAGUACGGCGGACGUUACAACGCCAAGGGUGCCGCCCGAGUUUCUCUGGUCUUUGCGCAGUCAAACUCGCCAUUCUGCCCCCCUCCACGAGUCCACCCUCGACGGCCCCGACCUGUCUCACGACUCGCUGCAACAGCGGCUGCCUCUGCCGACUUGGCCAGCCUCGAAACUGCUACUCUAUCAAAGCUUCGCCUCGCCAGACAUCAUGUCAGAAAGGCUUGGAUUUGCUGGGCAUCGAAACCAUCCGCUCAUCCUCCACCCUCGGUGCCGACUGUAUGGGGUUCCCCCAUAAUAUUGGCACUGCAUCGGACGCUCUCCAGACUCUUGGCCACCAUCGGAGAGUCCAUUUCUGCCACCCGUAGAGCCUCAACGCAGCACCCAACUUCUUGGCAGCCCAUAUGGAAUUCGCCUGAUCACUACAUCUCCGCCCAAAUCACUCUUCGCCGCAUGAAAGAACAUUCUCAAGUCUGA